CUCAAGCAUGGAGUGAAAAACUGUCUUGCUCUAAGAAACUAUUUCAUGAAUCAUUAUGGUCAUACUAUUUCUCCAUUUUAACCAGUCUUAGAAGGGAUAGCUUUGAUUGUAGGAGUAUCACAAGACAGAUAUAAAGAUGGGUUUGAAUCGUAGACUACUUAUAGCAUAUGUAAUCUUCAGCAAAUUCCUCAAUUUCUUUGUGCUUCAGUCUCUUCUCUUGCAAAAUGGAGUGGGGAGGGGAUUAGAUGUUCUCUCCCAACCUAAGAGUCUCUGUGAUUUGGCAUGAAGUUCUAGGAAUUCUUCAAAAGAUAAAUGGAGUCCUGCCCCUUACCCCCAAAAGAAGUAUGCUUAGGAAUUUUGUUUAUUUAUAAAAUUCUAGGUGGUGCAGUGGUCAGGGGGGAAAUAACAGCAACUUUAUACCUCUUGAAAAUCAUUGGGACUCUAUUCAGAUAUGGUACAAACAAUUUUUAUCAACUAGAGAGAUUAUGGCAAAUAAUAAUUCACAUGGAAAAAGACCUGGAGCUCUUGGGCUUGAAGUGUCAUUAUGACUGAAAAUGGGAGAUAAUAGACAAAAAAGAUAAUGUUACCCCAUUAGACCCCAUUAAGUUGGUAAUGAUUUUGAGGAUGAUGAAAUGCUUAUUUUGUCUGACUUCAGAAUGGGGAACUCAAGGCACUAGGUGGAAGUUAGAGAGCAGAUUUCAAAUUAGUAGUUAGAAAAGGUUGCUUAAGUUAGAGCUAACCAGAAAGAAUAAAGGAUACCAAUAAAUAUCUUUCAGCACAAACUAGAUGCCCUUUUGUUGGGGAUAUUCUAGAGAAGAUUCUUGUUCAGGUAGAAGUCCUAGAAAAUGCUUUCUGAGAUAUUUUCCUUUUAGAUCAUAUAAAAAUCAGAGGAUGCCCCAAAAGGAAAUAGUGGAGCACCAUUGAAAUAGCACUAAACAAGCAAACAAGAGACCUCAACCCUUGUCCCUCUUCUUCUCUUCAUCAGAUGUAUAAUCUUGAGCAAGUAAUAUUUCUGAAAUUCUCAUGUAUGAAAUGAGGGGUUGAGCUAGACCACUUUAAAAGAUCCCUGAUGUAAAAUCCAUGUAAAAUCCAUGAUUUUAGGAAUCUACCAAAGCUCAGGGGGAAGGACUUUUCAAUAUGGGGAUUUCAACUACAGAACUCAGAAGGCCCUGGGUCCAUUCUGCCCUUGACCAAUGCUGAGUUUUCUGGACUCUACCAUCUUCUCUCUUUUCCUUUUCAGGUCCCUACUAUCUCAAUGUUCUCAGCAUCGAACCACAGUUCCAUUAGUGAAUUUCUCCUGCUUGGCUUCUCCAGUGACUCCACCUCAAAUAGGAUCCUUUUCAUCAUCUUUCUCCUUCUCUACCUCUGCUCAGUCCUGGGAAAUGGACUCAUCAUCCUCCUGAUCUCUCUGGAUUCCCAUCUCCACACACCAAUGUAUUUUUUCCUCAGUGUCCUUUCCCUAUUGGACAUGGGCUAUGUCACCACCACAGUGCCUCAGAUGUUGGUGCACCUGCUUUCCAGUUCUAAGCUCAUCUCCUUUGGAGGUUGCUGGCUACAGAUGUACGUAUUUGGUGCCCUGGGUCUCAGUGAGUGCAUCAUCUUUGUGGUAAUGGCCUAUGAUCGCUAUGUAGCCAUCUGCUUCCCAUUGCGUUACACACUCAUCCUUAACUGGGAUUUAUGUGUGAGAUUAGUGUUAGGGACUUGCACUUGUGGUUUCUUCUUCUCCCUACCCCAUACCUACUUUACCAUGAGUCUCCCCUUCUGUGGCCCCAAUAUGGUCAAUCACUACUUCUGUGAGGGUCCCUCAGUCCGAAGCCUGGCCUGCAUGGACACACACCUUAUUGAGGUAGUAGACUUUGUCAUAAGCAUCUUCAUGGUGUUAGUCCCUCUUUCACUAAUCCUGGCCUCCUAUGUCCGCAUCACCAUGUCUAUCCUCAAGAUUAAGUCCACCCAAGGCAGGUUUAAGGCCUUUUCCACUUGUGCUUCUCACCUCACUGUGGUCACUCUGUUCUAUGGACCUGCCAUAUACAUCUAUAUGAGGCCCAACUCCAACUACUCCCCAGAGAGAGACAAGCAGAUCUCACUUUUCUACAAUGUGUUCACUGCCCUCUUCAACCCAGUAGUCUACAGCCUUAGGAAUAAGGACAUAAAGGCAGCAUUCAUCAAGGUGGUAGUGAGAAACAGAAUAGCCUAGUAAGUAGAAAGCCUUGGAAUGAGCCAUUUUUCCUUUUUUUUUUCUUUUUGAAAUUUGGUUUCCCUUUCUCACCCAAGUAGGGCAGUCACUUAUUAUCCCCACCCCAUUGUUGAUCAGCAUCUUUUGACCCACUCCAUUGUAAUCUGGGCCAAGUUACCACUCUUUAAGCAGCCUGAUGUCCCCAUUCCUCCAUGUCCUCCCACCCCUCACUCCCUACUCCUGAAGGAUUCACCAUAUUGUUGCUAGAUCUCCUGAAUCCACUGAAUUGACUUUAGCCCUGUCUUAACUUGGAACUCCUGAACUCAGUUGAUCCACCAACUUCUGCUUCUGCCUAGUAGGAAAGACUGUAGGUAUGAGCCACCACACACAAUAGGUAGGAGCCAUUCAUUCUUAUUGGGCUCAGAACCCUGUCCUAUGACCUACAACAUGCCUAAAACAUCACCUACCUUGAGGAGCUAAGCAAAACAAACCUGAUUUCAUCUUAUCCUUCAUUAUCCACAUUACCAUGAGAUGGAUAAAGGCUAGUCUUAGAUUCUGAAACUCUUCUCAGAUACAUAGUUCCAACUCCCACAGCUCCUCAUCUAUAAAUUGGAGAGUUUAACAUUUGCCCUCAUCUCCCUCAUAAUGGUAUUAUAAGGAAAUUACUUUGCAAUCCUUCAAGUGCCCCAUUAAUCUGAUUUCUUAUAAUUAACCAAGCAUGAUGGUGUACAGUCAUCUGGAAGAAAUUAUUCAUAAAGCAUCUAUAGAAUCCUUACUACAUGACUCCCCCUGUGCUGAGCUUGUGGGAGACAGUAGAGAAGGCCAAUGGGGGGAGGAAAACAAGUAGAAACAGUUCAAGAGUAACCCUUUAAGAUCCAGGGGCUGAUGGGAAAUGUAGUUUCUCACAGCUAGAAGGAACUGAAAAACCACAACACAUAGAAGCCCUGGGACAUUGGAGUCAUAGGCAUGGAUGCCAGCAGGGGAUGGCAAGGGAAUGAUAAUACUACCUUGAACUGAAUAUAUUCAUGAGCAAUUAGAGCCUAACCUGGUUCACUGAUGCACAGAAGGAAUGGCCUACCUGGAUAAAAUCAUGCCCACUUAGAGGGCAUGAAUUUAUUCCUUCUAUACUUUCUCCAUCCUCACUUCAGUGCAUUCUGGAAAAAUCAAGCCUGGUGUCCUUAAACUUUUGAACAUACUGUAAGUACUUUUACAAUUAUUUUCAUCUCUCCAUAAACAUAAACAUCUGGACUCUAACCUUAACCAUGACUCAAUGUUGAAGAUCUCUCUCUGAUGCUCCCAAUC